GAAGAACCAGAGGAAGACAGAGAGAUAGAGAGAUUUAGAGAGAGAAAAGGCCUGAGACUGAGAUAGAGAGAGAGGAAAAGAGGAGAGUUAGAGAGAAGGGGCAGCAUGCAGAGCUUUGGAGACAUGGCGUGCUCUCCGUUCCUCAUCUGCAAAAUCCCUCUCUCUCUCCUCUUCUACGCCUAUGAACUCUGCCCUAAGACCGCCAUAAAGCAAAAUCUGCUCUAUAAACUACAGCACAUGCUCAAUCUCUUCCUCUACAUCGUUCUCUGGUUUUUCCGGCAACUAUCCAUCAAUUUUCCCGCUGUUAUUAGAGAAAAAAACGUGGCCGGAAUCCUCAAUCGUCGCGGGAAUACUGACCUCGAAGUCGCCGGAAAUAUUUUGCCUAUUGAAACCACGGGCGAUCCUGUCAGAGAUUCAAGCAUCGCACGAGCGCUAGCUCAGAUACUAUUAAUAAUGAAUGAGAUGCCUGUCAGCUCCAGAAAAUAUGACAUGAUCCGAGGCUUAGCGGAGAAAAUUGUUGAAGAAAAUGCAAAGGAAAACUGUUGGAUAUUCCCCGAUAUAAAUCGUCGAGUCCUAUCUGCCAGUUUCAGCCACACCCUUCUCCUACUGCAAGAGCGAAUGCACAUUCAAGACAUCGAAGAAAAACGAGGAACAUGUGAAGGGAGCCGAGAAGUCAAUCAAAUCAUCCAAAAGAUCCCAAUAAUUCGAUCUAUAAGGAACUGUUUAGCCACAAAAUCGGAGGGCGUAGCAGAGUCGGGAGUGUCGGCUGAGAAGUUGGCCAAGGAGCUACUCUGGUUGGCAGAGAGGCUGGCGGCAUGUGGUGCAGCCGACGAGGCGGUAUCUCGGUGGAGCAAAGCUUCCACUCUGGCUCGGCUUGCGUUGGAAGGAGAUCUUCGACUUCAGGCAUCCAUCCUUAAUGUCACUGUGUUCUUGUUGAGGAAGAUGAGAGAGAUGGAGGAGGGGGUGAUGGAUGAGGCAUCAAUGGCCAAGAUGUUAGUAGGGUGGAUGCCAUUGCUUUGCCACGCAAGCAACGGCCUAGAUUCUCCUGUGCUCACAAGCUCUCAAAAGAGGGAGAUAGAGGGUGUCUUGGAGGUUCUCAUGGAGAAGCUAUUGGACAGAGACAGAGAAGCUGUCUUAAGCCUAUGGCUCUCUCAGUACGCUCGCUCAUCCUCUGAUUGGCCAAAUCUCCAAGCCUAUUACACUCAUUGGUGUGCAGUCUCUAGAAAGCUCACCACUAUUGAUUGAAAACAUUCUAUUUUAGAUUUCAUUGAAAUUUCAGUGUAGUAUUUGUACACACAAAGUACCGAUAUCAUGAUAAUCAGGCUUUGGGCUUGAAUAGUUAGCAGCUGAUGUCAAGCAACGCGAUAUCUCAAGUUUGAUUCCUACCACUGAAUUACCGAAAAUAAAGUGCCUGCAUCAUAAAUCUAA